GUGAUCUUCCUUCAAACUUAUACUACAUAAAUAUGUCACUAUACGUCAAUGAACAAGAGAUAUAACUGAACUAUAACAGGAUAAUAUCAUGCAUAAUGGUACGGUAUGUAUCUGUUUGGUAGAUAUGCAACCAUAUAUAUGACAGCCCAAUCCGUCCUUUAUCACGGGUUGGUUUUAGAAACGUCUGUUAUUUUGGUUGAUACAUGUUUCUUGCAUAGAUUGGUAGUAUUAAUCGAUCAUUUGCUCAGUAUCAAGGCGAUGUUUAAUCAAAGUAAUGGCUGGAUUAUACAAUGCAUACCAGACUCCAUCAGCCAUAUUUAUGGGAAUUGCUUUUCAUCAAGUCAUCUCUGCGUUAUUUUUUAUUGCUACACGACGUAGACCACUUCAUACUGCCAUCGACCUCAUAGCGCUGGUCUCAUUGAUAGUUUGUGCUGGCCAGAUUUAUGUGCACACAUUGUUGAUUGAUCAGUCCAUUUCACCGGAAACCACUGUUGAAAACUGGGUCGAGUGGUUGGCUGCUUCUGGAUAUUUGCUGACGUUUUUGACAAGUACUGGCGUGCUUAUUUUGAUGGUUGCUCGACUUCGAGUAUUCCACAAAGGAACGCCUGUUUUUUGGAUUAUAACAGCUGGAAUAGUUGCCACGUUUUGCGUGUCAGCACUCACUGGUGCAUUUGGCAUAUUAUCGUAUCUUGAGCUCAUCAGAGGACAAGCUGUCAUUAUUUCAAAAAGUGCAUUACUUCAUUACUCUAGUCUGCUUUUUGCAAUCAAAUGCAUAUUUGAAGGUAUCAUAUCGGCAACUUCAUCACUCAUAUUUCUUUGGACAAUCAGUAAAGGCACUGGCGUGCACAGAUCCGAAUUCAUCAAGCAGUUGUUUUUAAAGUAUGAAGGGUUCCGUUUUGUCGUUAUUUUUGUCCUUAAUAUUACAAUGGCAGGGUUUGCUGUACAUUCAGCCUAUACGGGUGAGCCAUUUGUAGCCUAUACAGCCUGGUUCUUUUCUCCCAUGAUGUAUGGUUUAGAAAUCUACACGUUUUUACUGGUGAGUUUUGUUGCACCAUCAGAUAUACUAAGAGCAAGACACGAUUCGUCUAGUGAUGAUGGUUUGCAUGGAACUGCUGCUGAACAUGCUGGUUGUUGUGCUAUUGAUAUUACACCCAAAGCCAAGGUUGAAAUGGCCAUUCGUAAUAUGAUAAUGGGUCAAGAUAAAUAAACUACAAUAUUAAUGCUACUG